GAGGGGCGGCCGUGGGGAGGGAGGCGGGAAGAGCGCCGCACUUCCGCUAUCCGCUUGCUCACUGGCUGUUCCCGGAGGCGGCGGCGGGAGCGGAGGGCGCGUGCGGCUCGGGGACUCGCAUUCCCCGGCCCCCCCUCCGCCCCACGCGGCCUGGACCAUGGACGCCAGGUGGUGGGCAGUGGUGGUGAUGGCUGCGCUCCCCGCCGUGGGUGCAGGCGGGGAGACUCCUGUAGCCCCUCCGGAGUCAUGGACCCAGCUAUGGUUUUUCCGGUUUUUGGUGAAUGCUGCCGGCUAUGCCAGCUUUAUGGUACCUGGCUACUUCCUGGUGCAAUACUUUAGGCGGAAGAACUACCUGGAGACAGGCAGGGGUCUCUGCUUUCCCCUGGUGAAAGCCUGUGUGUUUGGCAAUGAGCCCAAGGCCUCUGAGGAGGUUCCUCUGGCUCCUCGGACAGAGACAUCAGAGACCACCCCCCUGUGGCAGGCCCUGAAGCUGCUCUUCUGUGCCGUGGGGCUCCAGGUGUCUUACCUGACUUGGGGUGUGCUACAGGAAAGAGUGAUGACCCGCAGUUAUGGGGCCACAGCCGUAUCACCGGGUGAGCGCUUCACAGACUCACAGUUCCUGGUGUUAAUGAACCGAGUGCUGGCACUGAUUGUGGCUGGCUUCUCCUGCAUCCUCUGCAAGCAGCCCCGGCAUGGGGCACCAAUGUACCGGUACUCCUUUGCCAGCCUGUCCAAUGUGCUUAGCAGCUGGUGCCAAUAUGAAGCUCUCAAGUUUGUCAGCUUCCCCACUCAGGUGCUGGCCAAGGCCUCUAAGGUGAUCCCUGUCAUGCUGAUGGGAAAGCUGGUGUCUCGACGCAGCUAUGAACACUGGGAAUACCUGACAGCUGGCCUCAUCUCCAUUGGGGUCAGCAUGUUUCUGCUGUCCAGCGGACCAGAGCCACGCAGCUCCCCGGCCACCACACUCUCAGGCCUCAUAUUACUGGCGGGCUACAUUGCUUUUGACAGCUUCACCUCAAACUGGCAGGAUGCCCUAUUUGCCUAUAAGAUGUCAUCAGUGCAAAUGAUGUUUGGGGUCAAUUUCUUCUCCUGCCUUUUCACAGUAGGCUCACUGCUAGAGCAGGGGGCCCUCCUGGAGGGGACCCGCUUCAUGGGACGACACAGCGAGUUUGCUGCCCACGCCCUGCUUCUCUCAGUCUGUUCCGCAUGUGGCCAGCUCUUCAUCUUCUACACCAUCGGGCAGUUCGGGGCCGCUGUCUUCACCAUCAUCAUGACCCUCCGCCAGGCCUUUGCCAUCCUUCUUUCCUGUCUCCUCUAUGGCCACACUGUCACUGUGGUGGGAGGGAUGGGGGUAGCUGUGGUCUUUGCUGCCCUCCUGCUCCGUGUCUACGCCCGGGGCCGUCUGAAGCAACGGGGAAAGAAAGCUGUGCCUGUUGAGUCCCCUGUGCAGAAAGUUUGAGUAGGGUGGAGGGUUCCAGAGGGGUGAAGUAAAAUAGGACCCUCUCACCAUGUUGGUAAUUCCUCUCCUACUGUAACUCAUCAGAGGCCCUGGUUCUAGGGCAAAAAUGCAGGUGUUUUCUCAGUAUCAGACCAGCUCUGCAGCUGGAGGUGGAGAGCCCAGGAGGCAGCUCUCCCCUUUGCCUUAAUAGUCAGCCAUCAUCCCGUAUGCAGGUUCUUCUAAGCCCCAGGGUAGACAGUCCUCAGUAUAGGGGGUUGGGGGGUAAAGGCUCCAGGGGACAGAGGUACCUUGCACAGCUCCUCCCUCCUCAUUCCCUGAGGUCUUGCCCUGGCUGUUGGCUCCACCACCUUUCAGACUCCCCUCCUCCACAGAUACCUGGAUUUCUUACUCCAGUGAGAAAAGCACAAAUGGUGUAGGCUCCAAAUGCUUUCCCAGGA